AUGGCUUGGCCUCCCCCGGGCAGCAGCAGCUCCGGCUCCCGGGGAGGAGGGGCAGGACCUGCUGCUCCAUGGGGAGGAAGGGCAGCCCCCGAUCCCCCCAGGCGGAGGGGGGAUCCCGGGCAGCCUCCCCGCUCCUCCUCCCCCCCUUCCCCCCUCUGGGCCCUACCCGAGGAGCUGCUGCUCCUUAUCUGCUCCUACCUGGACGCACAGGCCUUAGGCCGCCUGGCCCAGGUCUGCCGCCGCCUGCGCUUCCUCAGUAGCCGCGAUCUCCUGUGGAGACGGAUAGCCCGUGGCUGCCUCAACUCUGGCUUCACCCAGCUCGGCACCGACCUAUUGUCUGGCAUUCCAGUGAAGGAAAGGGUGAAAGUAUCUCAGAACUGGAGGCAUGGACGCUGCCGGAGAGAGACGGUCCUGAAAUGGAAAUGCGAUUUGCUGCCCUGGAUGGAGCUGGAUGGAGAGUAUCUCUACCUGUCUCAAGCAGAGAACAUCCACGCCUACCGGCUCUGUCCGGACGGUACAGGUUUGCAGCGUCACCCUCAGGCUAUCUUCUCUGGCCACCAGGAGGAUGUAUGUCGCUUUGUUCUUGUCAACUCCCACAUCGUCAGUGGAGGGGGAGAUGGAAGUAUUGUCCUUCACAAGAUCCAUGGCUCCUAUAGCGUCAAGUUCUCUGCACAUGAACAGGAGGUGAGCUGUGUGGAUUUCCAAGGUGGCCUGAUUGUCAGCGGCUCCCGGGAUAGAACAGCGAAGGUUUGGUCCCUGUCCGCCGACAGAGUUGGGCAGUGUCUACAUACAGUGCAGACAGAGGAUCGAGUGUGGUCCAUUGCUAUCAGCCCAUUAUUAAGCUCAUUUGUGACUGGGACAGCCUGCUGUGGACACCCCUCACCUCUGAGAAUCUGGGACCUUGAGAGUGGUCAGCUGUUGACCUGUUUAGGCACUGACUUCCACUGUGGAGCUGGAGUCCUUGACAUGUUCUAUGAAACACCUUCCCUUCUCCUUUCUUGUGGGUAUGACACCUACAUCCGCUACUGGGACAUCCGAGCCAGCACCAGGAAGUGUGUGCAGGAGUGGGAAGAGCCCCAUGACAGUGCCCUGUAUUGCAUUCGGAGUGACAAGAACCACAUGAUGGCCAGCGGCUCUGCCUACUACGGCGUGGUGCGCCUCUGGGACAAGCGCCAGACCCGCUGCCUGCAGAGCUUUCACCUGUCUUCACCCACCAGCAGCCCCGUGUACUGCCUCCGAUUCAGUACCACCCAUCUGUAUGUUGCCCUGGCAUCAGCCCUGCGUGUCCUGGACUUCAAAGCCCCGUGAAGGGCACCACAGCUACUUCUGGUCACCCCAACUCAAAAGAGUUGACACUUGGCUCAGGGAAUUGCAGGGCAGGAGAGGUGAGAAUGGUCCCCAAAACUUCCAAAGGUUUUUUUUGCCUACCAGAAAGCUACAAUGAUGAGUGCACAAAGGGCCUGACUUUCUCAACCUCACCUGCCUGGUGGUGGAAAUAAAGGCCAACUGUCCUUUACCCUUUUUAUUUUGUGCAAGUCAGGUUUGUUUUAUUAAAUUCUGGGGUUUAUCCUUUUUUUUCCUUUUUUUUUUCUUUUUUUAAUUUUCAUUGUUGUGGAUACAGUGUUUGAAGGGCAAGUUAAGUCAGGAUGCCCUAUCAGCUGUGCGUGCUGGUCAGGUUGAGAUCAGUCAAGCUCUGAGCCAUGUGAGGCAAGUCUAGACUGUGUGUGGGGUGGACUGAUUUGGUGAAAUGUACUUUGAGUGGGGCCCACCUUUCACCUGCACUUGCUCUCCUGACAGUUGAUGGUGUUGUUCCUCACAACUGCGAGCAAGAAUUGAGCUUAAAGGCAGAGCCAGCCCUGCUUACAGUGUUUGCCUCCCCAAGCUGGCCAUCAGGUCAGGCUGUGCACUUGGCAGGGCUUGAACAGUUGCAUUUUGCUAAAUAAAACUCUGA